AAUGGUGCCCAUGAAUGCAGCAUUUAUAUGUCGUCAUUUCCUGAAUUACGUUUUCCUGUCGAAGAUGGCGGCGACCUUGUGUGUGAAAUUACUACCGAAACAGGGGUGGCUUCCUCUGACCCAGAGUGUCCGACACGGCUCCAAAGCUGUGACUCGCCACAGGAAACCGGUACACUUCCUCAGACAGAAGCUCAUGGCUGUUACACGGUACAUCCCCCCUCCAAGGGUGGCUCCUCCGGGCGCUUAUCCACCUCCAGCCGAACAAGUUCAGGAGGAUAAUGCUUUGACGGUACUUAUCAAGAGGAAUUUGAAGAAGUUGUUCCAGGAGAAUAAGAUAAUCGCUGUGGUGCAGAACAAUGCCAGCAAUUCUGAAGACAUGAUGAAUCUCAAAUACAGACUCCAUAAACAUGGCAUCACUGUCAAGUUCUUCCCCAACCAGGUGAUGCGGUCCUUCUUGAAAGACAGCAUUUAUUGCAACAUGGCGCCACUGUUAAUCGGUCCAACAGUUCUGUUUGUUUGUAAAGAGCCAAAGGUGAAGGAGAUGCUGAUGACUCUGAGGUCCAGCCCACAGAUGACGCUCCUAGGAGCCUGCAUAGACAACACAUUGCUGAGUGCAGAGGGGGUAGUGGCCUACUCCAAACUGCCAUCUAUGACUGUUGUCCAGGGUCAGCUGGUCAGUGGGCUGACGAUGCUGACCUCCCGCACUGCCCACAUGCUGCAGCACCACCCAGCACACCUGUCAGCCCUGCUCCAACAGUACGUCAAACAGCAGAGCCCGGACAACAGUGCAGAGGGGGCUCCUAAAGCAGAGGAGGCCACGUAGAACUUCACAGGAACUUACUGGGGCUGUUUGCAGAUUUGCAGCUGCUUGGAACAACAAAGGACAUGUAUAGUUGGAUGUACACAUUAACAUAUAUUUUGGUUUAGUGCCAAAGUUUGGAUUGGGAAAGAGUCAUUUGAGUGAAGCAGUUCUAUUGGCACUAAAUUCAACUAAAUCUUCCAGUGUGCAUCCAUUGGUUCAUUCAUUCUUGUGAAUGAAGGAUUGUGCAUACUUGACUGGUUUCAGUGCACUUCAACCUCUUCAUGAAAAUCUUGGAUGGAAAAUGCUGCAAAAACAUCAUUGUUACCCAAGCUCUUACUUUAUUUAAGGGUAUUGUCACAUAUAAAUAAACAAUGUCAGUGUCUCAA